AUGAGCCGUGGCCGACUCCCGCAAUUUAAAGCUGAGAAGAGGAGUCGUCGUGUCGGGUUGAAGUGAUUAUCAGUCAGGCUCGCCCCGGGCCCUUCGUUGCCAUCCCGGAUUCUUUGAAUUUCUGAUGAGGCCCGGAACCGGCGGAGGGCGGAUGAGUGCAGACGUUCGAGUCAGUUUGAGUCACAUGACCUGAGACGGGCUAGCGCGUAUACGCCGAUCUCUGUCGCCGAUUCGACCAAGGCGUUGACGAAAGCCAUACUCGGUGUAGCUCAAGGAACUUUCUUCGUAUCUCCGAAGGGUCACGAACGUAGGAUGGACUGACCAUGCGGGCAUGCGAACGUCUGCUGCAGGCCUGCGCAGUCUCUAUCAUCUCCGCAUCCUUCACCGUGAUGUCUCCCCCGACGAAUAUCAUGAUCGUUGGCAUGGGUGUUGA